AUCAAGCAACAGCAUUUCCACCUAACAGCAGCGGACAGGAGUCCUUGGGCGUGCAGAGCGGAGUGGAACUCGCUGCAGACUGGCAGACACUCAACAACUCUUCCUGUAAGCUACAGCUACAAAAACCAUGUGCAGUGUUGAAACCACAGAGGACAGCAUGGGUUUAAAGGAGAAUACACAUUGUGGAGACAGGAUGAAGUUGACCAGUGAAAAGUUGCCCAAGAAACCCUUUUAUACCUCUCUAUCCCAGUAUGCUGCUAAAAAACAAAAAUUCACCGACAAGACUGAUCAUUACAACCAUGCUAAUUUAAUAGAUCAGGCAUUGCAAAUCUUGAAGGAAAGAAUGAGAAGAGGGGAUGCAAUGGCAUAUUUCCUACGAGGACAACUAUAUUUUGAAGAGGGAUGGUAUGAAGAAGCAUUAGAACAGUUUGAAGAAAUCAAGGAAAAGGAUCAUCAAGCAACUUACCAGCUAGGAGUAAUGUAUUAUGAUGGACUGGGGACAGCUACAAAUGCUGAAAAAGGAGUGGAAUAUAUGAAGAAAAUUAUUGAUUCUCCAUGUCCCAAAGCAAGACAUUUACAAUUUGCUGCUGCUUACAACCUUGGAAGAGCUCAUUACGAAGGAAAAGGCGCUAAACAAUCCUAUGAGGAAGCUGAAAGACUGUGGCUUUUUGCUGCAGACAAUGGAAAUCCGAAAGCUAGUGUGAAGGCUCAAAGUAUCCUAGGAUUGUAUUAUUCAACAAAAGAGCCCAAAGAGUUAGAAAAGGCAUUUUAUUGGCAUUCAGAAGCCUGUGGCAAUGGAAAUCUGGAGUCCCAGGGUGCACUGGGGCUCAUGUACUUUUAUGGACAAGGCAUCCGCCAGGAUACGGACGCUGCGCUGCACUGCUUGAGGGAGGCGGCGGAACGUGGAAAUGUCUAUGCUCAGGGGCAUCUCGUGGAGUAUUACUAUAAGAUGAAAUUUUUUACAAAGUGUGUUGCAUUUUCCAAAAGGAUUGCUGACUAUGAUGAGGUUCACGACAUCCCCAUGAUAGCCCAGGUCACGGACUGUCUCCCCGAGUUCAUCAGCAGAGGCAUGGCCAUGGCGUCUUUCUACUAUGCACGAUGCCUUCAGCUCGGUUUGGGGAUCACAAAGGAUGAAGCAACAGCUAAACACUAUUAUUCUCAAGCUUGCCGUCUGAAUCCUGCACUGGCAGAUGAGCUCCACGUGUUACUUAUUCGUCAAAGAAUUUAGGCCAUCGUGCAUUUCAACAAAGAUUGUCAAUCCUAAGACCUUCAAGUGUGUGUAUUUUUAUAGGAGCUAAGUUUGGUUAUUUUCUGCAUCCCAAGUUACAUUAUCCUGGUUAUUUUACUAAAUGACAUGUUACCUUUGUUCUUAAAUUCAUAUUCUGUAAUUUUGCAACUUGAAACCUAGCUACAAGAUCAAAUUGCUGGACGAGUUCUCCAAGAUCCAGCUCUUAGCCUACAGACUGGCCUACACUACAUCAAAUAUUGAAAAACAUUCCAUAAAGCAAAUAUCUUUUUCCCUUUCUUUAAAUACACAGUGUCCCAAAAGACUUCUUAGUUUUAGUAACUUCAGAAGUAUAAAUGCUACAUACAAACUCAUAAACAAUUUUAUACAUGAAUUUUUCAUUUUAACCUUUUUAAACUUUUAAAUUUAAAAUUCAUAAAAAGAAAUUUUCAAAUAAUGUUUCUUAUAAACUUGUGCAGCAUUUAUGUUUCUGAAGUUAUUACAGCUAGCACUGCACAAAGUCUUUUGGGACAUCUUAUAUUCUCAAAAGAAAUUCUUAUAAAUAAUUGGCUGAUUUAUGAUAAACUUCAAAAACAGCUGAAGAAAGAGUUUAAGAAACUGGUUAGACAAACCAUUUGUAGAACUACAAAAUGGUAUCCAUUCUUACUGAGAUAGCCAGAAUUUUACCUAGAGGUCUUUAACACUUUUCUAUGGUUACCUCUAAAAUUACUGUAAACAAUAAACAUAAUCCUAGAAGUUCCUUUCAAUAUCUUUAGUUUGUUUCCCCGUAGAUGUGAAAGCAUUUCAUUCCUUUAUGACUCACACAUGAGCCCCUACAGAGUUCAUAAAAAUCCAGCUUCUCCAGAAUAUAGACUGAGUUAUGGGAGAACUACUUCUGAUUAAUGGCUAUGUGACCCUAUUUUGAGGCCUGUGUGUUUUGCAGUGGUUUAAGGGCUUUUUGAAGCUAUUAAUUAUUACUAUAAUUUGUAUUUUUUUUUACCUGAUGAAACAUUUUAUUGUUCUUUGUAUAUAAUAAAAUAUGUAUAUGUAUUAUUUUUUUUCUAUUUAAAUCUUAACCUUUAGAAGGGCUCUUACAAUUUUGAUCUGGCAACCAGAUUUGUGGAAGCUGAGAUGUUUUAGCAUGAAGAACCAGAACACUUAGAAGGAAUACAAUACUCACCCAUUAUCCAUGAUUUGCAUUUGUAGUUUUAGUUACCCACAGUUAACCACGGUCCAAAAAUGUUAAAUGGAAAAUUCAAUAAAUAAACAUAAGUUUUAAAUUGCAAAAAAAAAAAAGAAAGAAAAAAAGAAACUGGUUAGAAUCUUGCCCUCCAUAUCUUCCCUUAAAUAUCUUAAUUUAAUGAGUAAAACAACUGCUAUGUUUCUGAUAAGAUAAUGAAUUAAAGCAAGAUGUUUUCUUUGUGCUUCAACUCAUUUUCUAAAUUUUAAAAACCUAGAUGUGUUUCAAAGCAAGAUAAAAUAUGAAAAGAAACACAAUGAAAUCAUCUAUCAUUAUAAAACUAUAAAUAGUUUAAAAAUUAAAUUAACAAGAGGCUUUCCUUGUAUCAAUGACAUCUAUGAAGGCAGAAGUUGACAGUAAAAAUAGUAGAAUCUAUAUGCAGAAUAUUGAAUAGUGAUAUACAUCUGCACAACAAAUAUAUGGAAAAUGAUGUCUUAAAGAUACUUUAACAAUAUCUUCUUGGUAAACAUAGUAAACUAAUGUGGCUUUAUUUUAUAAAUUAAAACCAUCCUUUCUGAAAGUGGAUUUAAACAAGAUCUCGUCUUAGUAGUGGGGGAAAUGCAAUUACCAUGUACGUGGCAGUCACUAAAGUAUUGCGUGGCAGAAAAUUACUUUGCUUCUGUUUAUGUUCUGCUUUGCCUAUAUUACUUAAACUUCAUUUUGUUUUUAUAGAAAAAGAAGAAAUUUCAACAGACUUAGGUCUGUGACAUUCCCUCAACUGGUCAUAUUUUUCUCCCUUAAAUCUCUUAAAAAGUAUAAACUUCAACCAUCCCUGAAAACCACUCCCAUUUCUUUUAAAAUGUCUACUAAGGACUCUCUAUUCUCCCCAGCAAUAUAUUUCAAUAUCUCAAGCCAUUACAAGAUUUCAUAAUACCUAACCUUAUUCCUAACUUUUCUACAGUACAAGCCCACUUGCUUCGCUCUUGUUCGCUUACUACCAUCCAUAUAGCAACACUCCUUCAACCAUCGGAAGAUCCAAAUUCACAACCAGUAUUCUCUUCUCCACACUUAACCCAGUUCCUCUUUAAAAAAAGUUUUAUAAGAGUUUAUUUGAGCCAAACUGACAACACAUGACAGGGAGCAAGAUCUCAGAUGCUCCCCUUAACGCCUUUAAGAAUCUUAAAAUAGGAAUGUAACAAAGCAGUGUAUGCUGACUUUAAUAGCAGAUUUUUAAUAGAUCUGCUAUCUUUCCUCAUCCGUAAAGAACACGUUUUUUAACUGCCAUUAAAAUACAGGUCUAAGAAACCCUAAACAUAGGAAUUUGGCAUGUGUUAUACAUGGUUAUACGGUAUGCUUAAAUGUCUUCAGUGGAUCCAACACAGACUUUAAAAUCCAGCUUACUGUAGUUACCACAAAGCUGGUGCUUCUAGCAGAGGUAAGCUCUUGCAAAGUACCACUGCUACAGAUCAUGGUAUACACCUUGACCUGUGAGUGGGGUUGGUCAGUCUUAACUGAGGUGAGUCAAGGCUUCCCCAUCAUUAACCUUUUUUUCAAAAAAAAAAAUCAAAACUUCAGUAAGAUUCCUUAUAGAAGAUAUCUCAUGAAAAAUGAGAAUUUAGGGGCCGGCCAAGUGGCUCAGUUGGUUAAGAGCUCACUCAAGAGUUUGA